GGUCCUCAUACGACAGACUGCUCAAAAUAUAUACAUAUAAACCACCAACACCAACAGCACCACCGCCCAAUGCAGCCAAAUACCCAGCCGAGUGAGAUUGAGAAUCUUCACUACCCAAUGGAAAUUGAAAAUCUACAGGCUCCAUAUACAAGGUUUGAGAGAGAUGUGAGCCUAGGAAGUGGUAAAGGGAAUGAUUUGCCUUCAAUUGAAAUAGCUUUCAAGGAGAAGGCAAUUCCCACAUGGAGGAAUCAGUUGACUAUAAGAGCUUUUGUUGUGAGCAUUGUUUUGGGUACUUUGUUCACUGCCUUGGCGAUGAAGCAAAGUUUGUAUAGCGGAACAUUUAAUCCUAUAAACAUGUAUGCUGGGAUCGUAGGGUUCUCCUGCAUCAAAACUUGGAUCAUGAUCAUUGACAAAUGUGGGAUUUUAGGUCCACCUCUCACUAGGCAAGAGAAUACCUUGAUUCAAGCUACAGUCCUUGGAAUCACUGGUGUAACUUCUUCUGGGGGCUUGUCAAGCUUCAUUUCUGGAAUGUCCCUUACUGCUGCAAAGCAAAGGGAUCCACCAAUUGUUGAUAAGCUGAACGUUAAGAACCCAAGUGUUGGCUGGCUUUUCGCCUUUUAUCUUGCCACAUCUUUAGUGGGCCUCUUCUUUAUGGCGCCUUUUCGAAAGGUUAUCAUCGUAGACUAUAAAUGGUUGUUCCCUAGUGGGCAGUCAAUUGGUUACCUUAUCAACAGCAUCCAAGCUCCUCUCAAGACCAAGUUCGCAAGGAAACAAGUGACAACAUUUGGCAAGUUCUUCUCCUUUAGCUUCAUUUGGAGUGGUGUCAUGUGGCUCUUUACUGGAGGGAGAUUCUGUGGCUUUAGUUUCUUUCCCUUAUUUGGUUUCAAAGCAACAGAAGCCGGCUUCUAUUGGGAUUGGGCGGGUACAUAUGUUGGAGUUGGCAUGAUGUGCCCAUACAUCACAACCAUAUCAGUAUUGAUUGGAGCAAUAUUUGGAUACACCUUCAUGUUUCCUGAGUUACAAAAGAAAAGUGGAAAGUGGUAUACUAAUGAAGUCAGUCGAGAUAGCUUCCAUGGCUACUCUGCUUACAAAACCUUCAUUGCUUCAUCGAUGAUUCUUGGGGAUAGCUUCUACCAAAUCUUGAAACUUAUUGUCAUUGGAUUGUACCGCAAACUCCAGGAAAAAGACACUAUUGCUGCUCUUCCACUUGCUGAUCCACAUUCCACUGCCGGAAGCUCAGCUUUGGAUAUUGAUGAGCAGUUCAGGACCCAAAACUUCCUCAAGGACAAAAUUUCAACAAAAUAUUCUUUGGCUGGCUGUGCUGCACUGAUGCUUGUUUCCAUAAUAGUUCUUCCAAUAAUCUUUCCUCAGGUCAAAUGGUACUACGUUGUGGUCAUGUACAUAUUGUGUCCACUUUUUGCUUUCAGUAUGACACAUGCACAAGGGGCUACUGACAUGUACAUAAGUGCCGGUUUGGGUAAGAUAGGCGUUUUCAUCUUUGGUGCCUGGGCUGGAGUCUCUCGAGGUGGUGUUGUUGUUGCUCUAGUUGCCAAUGGGGUCAUAGGAAACUUUGUUGCCUCUGCUUCUGAUCUAAUGGUAGACUUCAAAACUGGCUACUUAACUGUGUCUUCCCCAAAGUCUAUCCUCAUUGGCAGAUUCAUUGGGACUGCAGUUGGUUGCUUUGUCACUCCUUUAAUCUUUUGGUACUUCCAGGUAAAAUAUCCUGAUUUGGGGUUCAAUUCUUCAACUUAUCCUAUACCUUUUGGUGUCAUUAGUAGAGAGGCUGCAUCAGAUGCUCUUCAAGGAGCUUCAGGCUUGCCAAAGUACUGCCUUCUUUUUUGCUUUAGCGCCUUUGCUCUAGGCAUCAUCUUCAACAUAAUCAGAGAUGUUUCGCCAAAUAAAUGGGGGAGAUUUGUUCCCAUUCCAUUGAUAAUGGCCAUACCACUCACCACCGGAGGUUUUCUGGCUGUUGAUCUCUGUCUGGGGUGCUUGAUAGCUUUGAUCUGGAGGUUUAAGAAUAAGUCUCAGGCUGAUGUUUUUAUACCCAUAGUUGGUUCUGGUUUGAUUUGUGGAGAUGGGCUCUGUACUUUGCUGCUUUCAAUAAUUAGUUUGAUUAAUUGGAAGGCACCAGCAUGUGUACAGUUUCUUAGGAGACAACUGGCAGGGUAACAGAAGAAUAGAGCUUGAUAAAAGUAACUUGGUCCCAGUUUUUUCAGAAUCAGUCAUGUACCUACAUUACACAUGAAGAUUUUUGUUUUGUUUUGUUUUGUUUUUCUCUUCCUUUUUGACUGCUAUUUGUUUUGUUUUGUUUUUGGUUUUUCAUUUGUUCAGUCGUACCAUACUAGUAAUUAUGUACCUAAAAGCCAUGUGCAUUAAGAUUUGCUAAUCUGAGUGUCUAAGGCUAACUUCUAUACAAUUCUCCUGGUUUGAGCAAA